AGGACGCAAGAAGGCAGAGGAGCCAAGAUGGCGGCGCGAGCGCGGGCGGGGAGCAGCGGGGGCCGGGGGGCGGUGGGACGCUGACCCCGCCCCCUGCUGCUGCCACUCUGCGCCGGGCGUCGGCAGCGGUGGAGCCGGCAACAUGGCGGCUGCGACACUCAGCUUCGGCCCAGAGCGGGAGGCCGAGCCUGCCAAGGAGGCGCGCGUCGUGGGUUCUGAGCUCGUGGACACGUACACGGUUUAUGUCAUACAGAUUACUGAUGGCAACCACGAGUGGACGAUCAAACACCGUUAUAGUGAUUUUCAUGACCUACAUGAGAAGCUUGUUGCAGAGAGAAAAGUUGACAAAACUCUACUUCCACCCAAAAAGAUAAUUGGAAAGAACUCCAGAAGCCUGGUAGAAAAGAGGGAGAAAGACCUGGAGGUGUACCUCCAGACUCUCCUGACGACCUUCCCUGAUGUGGCUCCCAGAGUUCUGGCCCACUUCCUGCAUUUUCACCUCUAUGAGAUAAAUGGUAUCACUGCAGCACUGGCUGAAGAACUCUUUGAAAAAGGAGAACAGCUUCUAGGAGCCGGUGAGGUCUUCGCCAUCAGGCCCCUGCAGCUCUAUGCUGUCACCGAACAGCUGCAGCAGGGAAAGCCUACUUGUGCCAGCGGUGAUGCCAAGACUGACCUUGGACACAUCCUAGACUUCACCUGUCGACUUAAGUACCUUAAGGUUUCAGGUACAGAAGGACCUUUUGGGACCAGCAAUAUUCAGGAACAGCUCCUGCCCUUUGAUCUUUCAAUAUUCAAGUCUCUUCACCAGGUGGAGAUAAGUCAUUGUGAUGCCAAGCAUAUCCGAGGGCUGGUCACCUCCAAGCCAACUUUAGCCACAAUGAGUGUUAGAUUCUCAGCAACCUCAAUGAAGGAAGUUCUUGUUCCUGAAGCCUCAGAAUUUGAUGAGUGGGAGCCUGAAGGCACAGCCCCCGAAGGCCCUGUGACUGCUGUCAUCCCAACAUGGCAAGCACUGACUACUCUAGACCUGAGCCACAACAGCAUCUCUGAGAUCGACGAAUCUGUGAAACUGAUCCCAAAGAUUGAGUACCUGGACCUGAGUCACAAUGGAGUCCGAGUUGUGGACAACUUGCAGCACCUAUACAACCUCGUGCACCUUGACCUGUCCUACAACAAGCUCUCCUCUCUGGAAGGCGUGCACGCUAAACUGGGCAACGUCAAAACCCUAAACCUGGCAGGCAACUUCUUAGAGAGUCUGAGCGGUCUGCACAAACUCUACUCCCUGGUUAAUCUGGACCUCAGAGACAACCGGAUUGAGCAGUUGGAUGAGGUGAAGAGCAUAGGCAACCUGCCAUGUCUGGAGCGUGUGGCCUUGCUGAACAACCCUUUGAGCAUCAUCCCUGACUACCGGACCAAGGUGCUCUCCCAGUUUGGAGAACGAGCCUCUGAGAUCUGUCUAGAUGAUGUCGCAACCACAGAGAAAGAGCUGGACACUGUGGAAGUGCUGAAGGCAAUUCAGAAAGCCAAAGAUGUGAAGUCCAAACUGAGCAACACAGAAAAGAAGGUUGGUGAGGACUUCAGGCUCCCAGCUGCUCCCUGCAUCAGACCCAGCAGCUCCCCUCCUACUGCAGCUCCCACCUCAGCCUCCCUGCCUCAGCCGAUCCUCUCCAACCAAGGUAUCAUGUUCGUACAGGAAGAGGCCCUGGCCAGCAGCCUCUCAUCCACUGAUAGUCUGCCACCUGAGGACCACCGGCCCAUUGCCCGAGCCUGCUCUGACUCCUUGGAAUCUAUCCCCACAGGACAGGUGGCCUCUGACGAUUUCAGGGACGUGCCAGGAGCUGUUGGUGGCGUGAGCCCAGAUCAUGCAGAGCCAGAGGUUCAGGUGGUGCCUGGGUCUGGCCAGAUCAUCUUCCUGCCCUUCACUUGCAUUGGCUACACAGCCACCAACCAGGACUUUAUCCAGCGCCUCAGCACACUGAUCCGCCAGGCCAUUGAACGGCAACUCCCUGCCUGGAUUGAGGCUGCCAACCAGCGAGAGGAAGCCCAUGGUGAACAGGGUGAGGAGGAGGAGGAAGAGGAGGAAGAGGAGGAUGCUGCUGAGAACCGCUACUUUGAAAUGGGACCCCCAGACGCAGAGGAAGAGGAGGGGAGUGGCCAGGGAGAAGAGGAUGAGGAAGAUGAAGACGAGGAGGCUGAGGAGGAACGCCUGGCUCUGGAGUGGGCCUUGGGCGCUGAUGAGGACUUCCUGCUGGAGCACAUCCGCAUCCUCAAGGUGCUGUGGUGCUUCCUGAUCCACGUGCAAGGCAGCAUCCGCCAGUUCGCUGCCUGCCUCGUGCUCACUGACUUCGGCAUCGCUGUCUUUGAGAUUCCACACCAAGAGUCACGAGGCAGCAGCCAGCACAUCCUCUCAUCCCUGCGUUUUGUCUUCUGCUUCCCACACGGUGACCUCACGGAGUUUGGCUUUCUCAUGCCGGAGCUGUGUCUGGUGCUCAAGGUGCGGCACAGUGAGAACACGCUCUUCAUCAUCUCGGAUGCUGCCAACUUACACGAGUUCCAUGCUGAUCUGCGCUCCUGCUUUGCACCACAGCACAUGGCCAUGCUGUGCAGCCCCAUCCUCUACGGCAGCCACACUACCCUGCAAGAGUUUCUGCGCCAGCUGCUCACCUUCUACAAGGUGGCCGGCGGCUCUCAGGAGCGCAGCCAGGGCUGCUUCCCUGUCUACCUGGUCUACAGUGACAAGCGCAUGGUCCAGACAGCUGCUGGGGACUACUCAGGCAAUAUCGAAUGGGCCAGCUGCACGCUGUGCUCGGCAGUGCGGCGCUCCUGCUGCGCUCCCUCUGAGGCGGUUAAGUCUGCUGCCAUCCCCUACUGGCUGCUGCUCACGUCCCAGCAUCUCAAUGUCAUCAAGGCCGACUUCAACCCCAUGCCCAAUCGUGGCACCCACAACUGCCGCAACCGCAACAGCUUCAAGCUUAGCCGUGUCCCACUCUCUACUGUGCUGCUAGACCCCACUCGCAGCUGCACCCAGCCACGGGGUGCCUUUGCUGAUGGCCAUGUGCUUGAGCUGCUUGUUGGCUACCGCUUUGUUACCGCCAUCUUUGUGCUGCCCCACGAGAAGUUCCACUUCCUGCGAGUCUACAAUCAGCUACGAGCCUCACUGCAGGACCUGAAGACUGUGGUCAUCUCCAAGAACCCUUCAGCUAGGCCAAGACACCAAAGCCAGCCUGCCAAGAGCAGGGCCAGUGCUGAGCAGCGGCCACAGGAGACACCAGCAGAAGCUCCCGCUCCAGUUCCGGCUCCCGCUGCAGUCCCGGCUCCCGCUGCAGUCCCGGCUCCCGCUGCAGUCCCGGCUCCAGCUGCAGUCCCACCAACAGCUUCAGCCCCAGCCCCAGCAGAGGCCUCAGCUUCAGGUCCGGCUCCCGAACAGGCCCCAGUAGAGGACUCAGGUCUAACUUCAGCAGGGUCUCCAGCCCCAGCAGAGGCUCCACUUCCAACAGAAGCUCCAGCUCCAGCAGAGGCUCCAGCUCCAACCGAGGCUCCGGCUCCAACAGAGGCUGCAGCAGGGGCUCUGGCUCCAACAGAGGCUCCAGCAGGGGCUCCAGCUCCAACCGAGGCUCCGGCAGGGGCUCCGGCUCCAACAGAGGCUCCAGCAGGGGCUCCAACUCCAGCAGAGGCUCCAGCCCCAGAAGGGGCUCCAGCUCCAGCAGGGGGUCCCACUCCAGCAGGGCCUCCAGCUCCAGCAGGGGGUCCCGCUCCAGCAGGGGGUCCCACUCCAACAGGGCCUCCAGCUCCAGCAGGGAGUUCCACUCCAGCAGGGGGUCCCACUCCAGCAGGGGUUCCAGCAGGGGGUCCCGCUCUAGCAGAGGCCAAGGCACAAGCAGAGGCCAAGGCACAAGCAGAGGUCCCUGCCCAGUACCCAAGUGAGCGCCUAAUCCAGUCCACAUCUGAGGAGAAUCAGAUCCCUUCUCACUUGCCAGUCUGCCCAUCACUCCAGCACAUUGCCCGUCUUCGGGGGAGAGCCAUCAUCGACCUUUUCCACAACAGCAUUGCCGAGGUUGAAAACGAGGAGCUGAGGCACCUCCUGUGGUCGUCAGUGGUGUUCUACCAGACCCCGGGGCUAGAAGUGACCGCCUGUGUGCUGCUCUCCAACAAGGCUGUGUACUUCAUACUGCAUGACGGCCUCCGCCGCUACUUCUCUGAACCACUUCAGGAUUUCUGGCACCAGAAAAACACUGACUAUAACAACAGUCCUUUCCACAUCUCUCAGUGCUUUGUGUUCAAACUCAGUGACCUGCAGUCAGUCAACGUCGGCCUUUUCGACCAGUACUUCCGGCUGACGGGCUCCUCCCCGACACAGGUGGUCACAUGCUUGACCCGCGACAGCUACCUGACACACUGCUUCCUCCAGCAUCUGAUGCUUGUGUUGUCUUCCCUGGAACGCACACCCUCACCUGAGCCUACUGACAAGGACUUCUACUCGGAAUUUGGGGACAAAAAUACAGGGAAAAUGGAGAACUAUGAGCUGAUCCAUUCCAGCCGCGUCAAGUUCACCUACCCCAGUGAGGAAGAGGUCGGGGACCUGACCUAUAUUGUCGCAGAGAAGAUGGCUGAUCCUGCAAAGAAUCCAGCUCUCAGCAUCUUACUGUACAUACAGGCCUUCCAGGUGGUCACACCACAUCUUGGACGGGGCAGGGGCCCACUGCGUCCUAAGACACUCCUCCUGACCAGUGCUGAGAUCUUUCUCCUGGAUGAGGACUACAUCCACUAUCCAUUGCCUGAAUUUGCCAAAGAGCCACCACAGAGGGACAGAUACCGGCUAGAUGAUGGCCGCCGUGUCCGAGAUUUGGACCGGGUGCUCAUGGGCUAUUAUCCCUACCCACAGGCCCUCACUCUUGUUUUUGAUGACACGCAGGGCCAUGACCUCAUGGGGAGUGUCACCCUGGACCACUUCGGGGAGAUGCCAGGUGGUCCUGGCAGGGCUGGCCAGGGCCGGGAGGUGCAGUGGCAGGUGUUUGUCCCCAGUGCCGAGAGCCGAGAAAAGCUCAUCUCACUGCUCGCACGACAGUGGGAAGCUCUUUGUGGCAGGGAGCUGCCUGUGGAGCUCACUGGCUAGUGCACGCCACGGCAGCCCUGACCUCCUGCCAUGCCCAGCCUAGCCUGGUGCCCGUGAGUGCAGGGAAGCGGGCCUUCUGUAUUCUUUUUAAGGUCCUUCUCCUCUCCCUUGGUUCCUACAUUGAUUGCCCAUGGCCCCCACACAUGUGACCAGCUCCCAAAGAGAAUGUGAACAUGUGUGUUCAGUUAAUCCUUCCUAACACUGGGAAGACGUAUGCCAGCCCCACCAGAGCGUCCUUGUGCCGUUAGCGUCCCUUGUGUUGCCUGCCCCUGAAGUGGCAUGGCCAGACACGCCAGCAUUGUUUUGUCUGUGAUUGAUGCUGUUGUUAGCGUGGCACUGUGGACCUGAUAACCCCCACAUCCUUUCCUGAAGUGUUAAGUCCAGUCCUUUGUUGCUGUUGCUGUCAUUGUGGGCGUGCCGCUGCUAAUUACAAAGCUGGUAGCAGAAUACACGUGGCAAGCUCCCACGUUGUGGGCUUUUCCAAAAUGGAGGCCUCCUCAAGUCUAGACCAGAGGAGGUCCUAUGGGGAGUUCCUAGGUCAUGGGUCCAAGAGGAGCCAGCGCAGGGGACCUAGAGCUGCCAGCACCAAGUAUAAUUCCUGUUCCUAUGUUCUCUAUUCUAAUAAAAUGGAGUUUGACACAA